UAUACAAACCAUCAUGAGUUCAGAUCCAUCGUACACGGUCUUUAUUAGACUUCCAUUUGCUCGUGGAGACUUUGUGGACCCGUUAUCAGUUGAAUGGGAUGCCACAAAGGACAAAGCCUUGUGGAAGAUCCUCUCUAAGGCGUCGAAGAACAGUGAUAUUGACUGGAAUGAGCUAGCAACGAAAUUCGAAGUUACCCUUGCUUUCCUCCUCCAACAAGCGGCAUGGCUCUACGAGAGACAACUCCUGCAAGUACGGGCACAGAUGAGGAAAGUUGGAGUAUCAAAAGGCUCUACUGCACCCUCGCCAGUCCCAUGGAAUAACACUGAAUCUGGGGGAGAAGGCAUGAAGAGAACAAGUUCAGGUGGUGGAGGUCCACGAGUUACAUCUGCUCUAUCUUCCAGAAAGGACUCCCCUCUACCCAAGAACGAAUCAUCUGCUUCCGGAAGACCUCUGGCACCACCCUUCUCUCGCACUUCAUCAGCAAAUACAACCACCACAUCUCGAAAUCUACCUACUCAAACCAGUCCUCGACCACAACAUGCCACGCUUCGAAGAUCCCUCUCACCAGCUCCGAAAACCCGCCCUCCUCCCGUCUCAGCAUCGCCUCCGCUUUCCCCAUCCUCCUCUUUAAGUUCCGACUCCAUACCUACUCACCAAUCCCGACUUCUUCGGAAUCGUCCCUCUCGCUACGCCAAGAAGACUGGUCAACAAGCUACGGCUCCAGAUACUAUAGAGUCGGAUGACGAGCCAGCAUUCAUGCCAAUCCUACAUCAAGAUCCCAGCGCUACACUUCGAGGGGAUCCUCGAAACAUUACGAGGAAGACGGGACAUGCACAUGCUACGAGCAAGAGACAGGUUGAUUUGGGAGGACAGUCACAAACGUCGGAUUCCUCGGCUAGCUCAGCACCUGCUUCGGCUGCUCCUAGAAGAGAUAUGCAUGUGAGGGGAGAGAGGCCAGUUGGUCCGCUAAGUCCUCGAAGGACGGCAGAGUUGGCGGAGACUGGGAAAGGAAGUGGAAAGGGUAGUGAUGGGACGCCGAGUAUGGGGAGUAGUUUUAGUGAUUUAGAUGAUGCUUCCGUGACCCAGUCUGCUUUAGAAGAAGCGCUGGCCAGUAAUAUGCAGUCUGGAGGGGGAAUGGCUAGCAGGAUGAGCUCUAUCAGCCAAGCUCUGAGGAGCAAGUACCUGUAAAUGCGCUGGCAGAUGUUGUAAUUUGGACAGAAGGCAUUCUGCAUCGUGGAUAUGUAUAAUCAAGAUUAAAUCGUCGAUAUGUUUCAUAAUUACGAGAGAUCAGCCCAUGCUUCAUCUCCCAACGCCAUAGGUAUUCCAUUCCAUAUCUCCUUCCAUAUCCCAACCUAGAAAUAUCCAAACAUCGCACUACCAACCAAAACCAAGGGUAUCCAGACCAACGCACCCAUUCCCUCGCUCCUCCAUCCCAUCGUAGCAUCUCCCGUAUUAUUAUAAAGCAGCGUCGGCGUCCCCGUAACAUUAACCUGCUCAUCCACCCCACAAACCACCUCACACCCCGGCGCACCCUUCCUCUUCUCCAGCACUCCCACAGCGCCCUUCGAAUCUCUCUUUCUAUUCUCCAACCCUCCAUAUGGCCCACUCGUAUUAUAGACCAACUCAAUCCACUGAAUCUGCAAGAACGCCUCAUCAAAGAGACUCAUAUUUCCCGUCCAUAAACCCCCAUCACUCCACAUAUUGAUGAUUAACCCUGCUGGAUCCUUCGGCGUCUGGAAACUGAUAUUGGCAACACUCUCACCAUUCACAUACCAGCUACUCAUCUUUGGCAUCCAAUCCACGCGGUAAACAUUCCACAGCGUCCAGUCCCUAUCCCCAGGAUUCGUGCCAUUGACCGUCGCCUGCGGGACAUCGUCUCCGGCUUUAUCCACAGACGGCUGGUUGGUAUACUGUACUCUAUUUCUUGGAUCGCGGGUUAGGAUCUCGAUGUCUGCUUCUUGCACAUCGGACGCCGUGUCGCCUGCUAGAUAUGUGAAUAUUCCUGCGCAAGCACCGGGCGAGCCGGUCACUCGUGCCAUGAAGCGCGCGGACAUGUAGUGGAAGUCUUGCUCGACGGAGUCGAUUUCGGCGACAGAUUGGAAGGUUUCGUGGCGGGCGGUGCGCAGAGUGAGGUAGGAUGUGUAGUCGGGGGAACUGUCGUUGCUUUGUUCUAGUUCUUGUCAGUAGAUAUUUAGAGCUCUGACGCCGAGGACCGUACGAAUGUAGACAUUAUUUGGGGUAUUGACCAUGAAGACUGAAGCUCCAGAUGAUGCUAACGUAUCGCUAUUAUUCCAAUUCUGCACCGUCCACUCAUUUUUCCACUCAUCCUCAAGGAAGAACGGCGAUGUUGCCAAGGCGUUGGUCGCAUUCGUCGCAUUGGUUGUGAACGGAGGUGGAUUCGACGCUCCAGCUACAUUUCUGUAGUCGUGGAAUUGAUGGUUCAGGAAAUAGCCUUGCGAGGAGCCGUUCGUUCGGAAGCAUGAGCAUUCAUCUCCGUUGUCUGUUGCUGCAAUGGUGAGGCUGGUGAGGGAGAAGAGGAAGAUGCUAGAUAAUAACGAGCCUGGUAAUAAUGCCAUGGCAAAAUGCGUGUGGCAAAUGUAGUAGAUAAGAUGUGUAGAUAGAGAGGGCAAUUGAAGUUCACGAUAAAGGAAUAAAGAUGAGCAAUCGACAGGAACGUGUAACUGAGAAAGGACUGAAUCGGAGCAAAGAACGAGUGAAUAACGAGAGAGCCACAAACAUAAGAAGGGACGAGAAACAAAAGUGGAAACAAGGAGAAGCAGACGAUAUUUCGAGCCACACCCAACGAGGCUCUUAUUGUAUUGGCUUCAGCCUUCGCGUUGCUUCAUGAGGCACUAGCUGCGACGCGGAACCGCCUCUAUUAGACCUGCAAGACGGUCUGGGCGCAGCAUAUGCAUCAAGAUGUGAUGGUGUAUUUUCAGCUGAGGAAGGAAGUGAGGAUGAAGAAAUGGUACACUGAUACUAUUGUCUUGGAUGUUUUGGAGGGUUAAAGGAACGAAUGGGUCAUGGUUCAAGAUGAAGAGAUGCAGGGCAGAAGGCGGUCAAGUUGUCUUGACCAAACUAUUCUUAGCGUUCUGCCG